AUGGAUGGGGAUCCAGCUGUCGAGCCUGAGCUCGACGCCUUUAGUCUACUACUGCCUUUGCCGUACAGAAUCGCAGUCAUCCUUGUUCUUGGCGUGUGGGCUUGGGGGGUCAAUUUACACUACCUGUCUAUCCUGAAGAUCGAUUUGCCAAUACUUAUCAAGUAUCACACUCGAACCUCUUCCAGCAUCCCUCCCCACCACCGCCGAACAUACCAGCUUGCGGCCACAGUAACUGUGCCCCUCAUCAUUUCUAUCCUGCUCUUCUGGAUUAUCACACAUGGACAACCGGCUCUGGUCCUCGCGUGGGAUAUCCUCCCUCAAUCGUUCCUCUUCCUACUCGCCGUCUUCUUUCUCCUGCCUUUCCAACGCCUGUCACGCACAGGCCGAUACCGAUUCCUUUCGACUUUGAAACGUGUCAGCAUUGGGGGGAUUGCAGAAGCAGACAAUGGAAAGUUCGGAGACAUACUUUUGGCCGAUGUCUUAACAUCGUACGCAAAAGUUCUCGGUGACUUAUUCGUGUCUUGGUGCAUGCUUCUGUCUCCGGGGCUUUCGUCUACGGGCAAGCCUGAUCGAAAUUGUGGUGGCGCCUACAUGGUGCCACUCAUCAUCAGCGUUCCCAGCAUGAUACGGCUCAGGCAGUGUUUGAUUGAAUUCUUGAGGGUCAGAAACAACCCUAAUAAGAAUGCAACCACAGGUUGGGGCGGACAACACCUCGCAAAUGCUCUGAAGUAUUCCAGCGCUUUCCCAGUCAUCGUUCUGAGCGCGCUGCAGCGAGGGACGAAUCCGAACGAUUUUGGCAUGACCGAAGCGAGUUUAUUUCGUUUGUGGUUGUUCUUUGUCUUCCUCAACUCCUUCUACUCCUUCUAUUGGGACGUUGCCAAAGAUUGGGACCUCACUCUCUUUGCUCCCUCCUCCGUGCGCAAUAACCCUGAGCACCCGUGGGGAUUACGACGACACCAACAUUUUCACAGUAAACAAAUGUAUUACGGCGCAAUAUUAAUAGACCUCAUGUUGCGGUGUACAUGGAGUUUCAAGCUCAGUCCGCAUUUAGAUCACUUUAAUGAUUUAGAAGGAUCGAUCUUCAUUAUGGAGUUCUUAGAAGUCCUACGGCGGUGGCUAUGGAUCUUCUUUCGAGUGGAAACGGAAUGGGGUAUAUUGAUUCAUGAGCCAUCUGAAGCAGCCAAGAAUUGCUAA